AACUUUCUAAAGAAGCAAGACUUUUCUCUUUUUGUUUUUUUACGCACAAACACACUACACAUCAAUACGUCAUAGCAACUAUGGAACGUCUUCGUUCACUUCAUAAUCUCAUCAUUUCUUACUUUUGUCUCUCUUCUUCGUCGAUGCUGUUUUGGUGUACUUGCUUUCUCGUGCUGUUAUUUACGACAACUACAAAUGCUUUAGUGAAACUCCCUGAAAACACGGUUGUUCCGGCGGUAAUAGUGUUCGGGGAUUCAAUUGUCGAUGCCGGAAAUAACGACGACAUGAUAACAGAAGCUAGAUGCGAUUAUCCUCCCUACGGCAUUGAUUUUGAUGGUGGGGUUGCUACGGGAAGAUUCUCCAAUGGCAAAGUCCCCGGUGAUAUUGUAGCGGAAGAGUUUGGGAUUAAACCGAGUAUACCGGCAUAUCGAGAUCCGAACCUAAAACCGGAAGAUCUUUUGACCGGUGUAACAUUUGCUUCCGGUGGUGCUGGUUAUGUUCCUUUGACAACCAAAAUAGCGGGAGGAAUAUCGUUACCGCAACAGUUGAAAUAUUUUGAAGAAUAUAUAGCAAAACUGAAGGGAAUGGUUGGAGAAGAGAGGACAAAAUUCAUAAUCAAGAAUAGCUUGUUCGUUGUAAUAAGUGGUAGUAACGAUAUCGCCAACGACUUCUUUGCUCUCCCUCCGGUUCAGCUCCAUUACACUAUUGCUUCUUUCACCGCUCUUAUGGCCGACAAUGCUCGCUCUUUUGCUCAGACACUCUAUGGAUAUGGAGCUAGAAGAAUACUUGUAUUUGGUGCACCACCAAUAGGAUGUGUACCUUCGCAGAGGACUGUAGCAGGAGGACCUACAAGAGAUUGUGUUGCUAGGUUUAACGACGGAGCAAAACUAUUCAAUACUAAGCUCUCCGCAAAUAUUGAUGUCUUGUCAAGAACUCUUCAAGCGCCGACAAUAAUCUAUAUUGACAUCUAUAAUCCUCUUCUUGAUCUCAUUUUAUACCCUCAACAAUAUGGAUUUAAGGUGGCCAAUAAAGGAUGUUGUGGAACCGGCCUAAUAGAAGUUACCGCGCUAUGCAACAACUAUACAGCUGCUGUGUGUCCCAGAAGAUCUGAUUAUGUGUUUUGGGAUAGUUUUCAUCCCACCGAAAAAGCUUACAGAAUUAUAGUUGCAAAACUUUUUGAUAAAUAUCUCGACAGAUUCUUCUAGUCGACAUAUAGAUAGCUUCCUAUCUUCUUAGCAUGGUCGAUCGAUACACUAUUUGAAUAAAUCAUUCCAACUCGAAGAGAAAAUUACACUCUUGUCAGCUUUCUCUUCCUCAAAUGGCUUGUAAUUGUCUCAUAUGAUAUAUUUGAUGAUGGAUUACAUAUACAAGAUUCAUGUAUGUA